UAAAGCCCAGCCCAACCCUCCUCGUUGAUAACGUUCCCCUCCCUUCCCCACCAGCAAACGCGCGACAUCGGUGGCUUGAAGGUACCUUGCAGACUACCUGCACGAUCCCGGUCAUCAAUCAACACCAUGUCAACUCCAUCUCUGUCCGAUGGACAGCUCACGCCGACUGAUACCGAUCCCGACCUUUGUUUCUCUUCAUCAGAGGAUGACCAUGUUUGGCCAACUCCUCAAGAUGUUGUCGAAAUGUCUAUUAUGCUCAAUGGCAGCGCUGUCCCCCUUUCCUGGACUCGGGAAAGUCUCAAAAGACUCCCAAUGGGAACUCGCCCAAUAAAGAUGGUUGGUGAGGGUGCUGCUAAUGUCGUAUUCGAAUUGGGCAUUCCAGAAGGGAACAUGUGGGCAAAUGAUUUCAAAGGUUGGCUUCUUCGUGUUGCCAAAGCUCCUGCGAGUGGUCAGCCAGCCAGGUUCAACUACCUAAAACAGCAAGAAUUCUACGCAAAGCAAAUCACUCCAUUUCUCAAGACACAUGCCAUCCAGCAACGGCUCGUGGUACUUCGUCAUACCAAUAUUAUUCCUCAGCUCAACGCCUUCCUUCGGUCAAUAGAUCAUCAGCGCAAAGAAAAAUUCAGGGGAUCAUUCAUCUCGGAGUCUAACUGGGGCCUUCUGGUGGAAGAUAUGCGAGUAUCUGAACCCAAAAACAGCAUCCUCAUUGAGUUCAAGCCAAAGUGGUUGAAUCAAUCUCCAAGUGCUCCCCAAGGGGCCAUACGAUGUCGGCAAUGCGCCAUGGAACUAUUCAAUUUUCUGCGGGAUCCGAGUCCUUCAAGACAUAGGCCAGAGCAAAAGCCAUGUCCCCUUACACUCGCAAACCCCGAUGCUCCCGCCGAUAUCAGUUCGCCAUUCCGUUUCGCCCCUAAACUUGCUGCACAGGCCAACAAUCCUAUGGUUCGAGAACUCCUUGCAAAGACUGCCGAUCAUCAAGUUAUUCGUGAUCUUCGGUGGCUUCAGAAUCUUUCUGACACCAGGGGACCUCUGCGUGCUGAGAAGGGUGAUCCAAUGUUUAGCUUGGCCAUGACAGUUCGCGAUUGCACAUGUUUCGUCCAGAUGAAUUUGGGUCAUGAUGUGCCUCCCGAACAACGGCUUCGCGUAAGACUUGGUGACUUCGAUCUCAAGGAUACCGACAUAAAGUUCAAACGAUGGACGUCAGCCGAGAAAGAUCUUAUCGAUUCCGGGUGCUACACCGCUGACUGGAUCAUGUGUAACGGGCAAUACUACCACCCUCCUACCAAAUGCCUUCUUGAGUGGACCCGUCGGCGGGAUCGGUUUGUAAAGAUUAUCGGUAUCAAGGACAAAGAUCCUUACCUUCACCCACUCCCCAAUAAAACAGCACAUUUCCCUACGGAAGCCAUGACCAAGCAAGCCCUGGUCUACUGGAUGACAACACAUCCUAUCAAGCUCACGGGACUGCUGGAGCCAGGCAGGAAGGAUAAGCCAAAGGUUGAAGUGUGCCCAUUUCGGAAUGAGCCUCCGAAUCUCAUGAAAUGGUUGUCUGCAAGGCCAUAGGCAGACAUCCUUGAGAUCUCACUCGCAAAUCUGCGUACAGGAAUCGCAAUUCUCUUUCUAUUUUUGCAUUACAAGGUUGCAUCGGUGCAUCUCAACGACGGCGGGC